GCCUUGGGGGGGGUUUGGCGCUGGCUGGUGGUGAGCGUAUAAGUAGCUAGCAGUUGGGAAUCGAGAUUGGUUCUCAAUUCACACUCUUUUGUGGCGCCGUUGGUAAAGCCAGCUGCCCGGCUUCACAUUAUGGACGUAUGUAGCUAUUCGGAUCGAUCCGAGAUGAAGAUAUGGACGUGGCAAUCUGACUGUGAGAAAGAAAGGAGAAAGGGAUGACUAUUGCUGGCUUACUGACAAGUUUGCAUGAUGACUCCAGAACAACACCUGAAAAAGAGCAGCACUAGGUACGUACCUCACGCAGCUCCCUGCGCCCAAUCGCACCAACGUCAGCCUGCUCUCCAUCCCCAGCCUCGCGCACAUUCCAACCAUCAUCACAAGCCUCAAUUCCAUCAGCUAAAAAGAUUCCUCACCCUACGCACCUACCAGCCACCAACCCACCCCCCCUCCACCGUCAUCAGCCCUCCCAUCACCAGAAUCCCGCCACCUGUGCAAGUCCCCUCACCAUCUCCAACCGAGCCCACUCCCCAACCCCCGCCAAGCACAUUCCGAAACACAUCCAACACGCCCGAUCUGCAGCUGCCACUCCUGCAUAACCGGGCGUCGCCCACCGUUAUCGUAUCAGCCCUCAGCAACCACUAACCUACCACGCAAUGUUCGUUCGCUGUGCAUGUGCAUGUGCAUGUGCUUCGCUGCCAUUGCGCACACGCAUACAACACGUCGCACUCCUAUCAACCGACUAGGCAAGUGCGUCGUGAUAGGAAGGCCGCCA